UUCACCAACUUAUUGAAGAGUCAAGGAAUGGUUCGAUUCCUUUGUUUAUCUACACAAAUAUGAAAAUCUGAUUAAAUACAGCAUCAAAUUUUGUGAAGGAAAAGUAUGGAUUCCAGGACUGGUUCGGUCAUGCAGUAGUGAGAAGCAGCAACUUUAUCUGGGAUGUGAUGCUAAGAAAUAUUCAUAAAUUUUUUAUAUUGAUUGUUUUGAGAUCUCACCACAGGCUACGAGUUCAGAAUUUCAACUAUUUUGUUUGCCUUAAAUUUAGUCAAUAAAUAGCCAUCCUUCUUCUAAUGAGGUCAAUAGGGAUGCUUAAUUAGCCAAGUUAUUUAUUAUGGAGUCUUGGAACUUGUGAAGAAGCAGCAGCUUUGGGACUUGUAGCAAAUUCGUACAAGUUUUAGCCUCAAGAUGGUUUGAAAUAUUUACUUUAGAAU